AUGGCAGUCCCGGGGACAGCCACUUCUCGGUCACUGGCAGAGGCGUCCAAAGCAGCAGUGUAUAACACAGCAGAGGCCCUCUCCAACUCUGUACUCGGCAUGAAGCCCGCUGACACCACGCCGUCGACCAGCUUUGGUCUAUUGGGCCGUGUCAUUCUGUCCAUCUUCAGUGUCCUGCCCACCGUCUUGUACUGGAUUACCUAUACCCUGCCGACAUGGCUGUUCACGCUCUUCUCUAUGAGCCUGACCUUCACCAUGAACUUCACAACUCUGAUGCUCGUCGUCGUCUUUGUCGUGUCUACCGUCAGUUACUUCGUGAGGUACCGAUACAUGACUAUGUACGCACGACUACCACCUGAACCGCAGCGUGAAGAACCACAGGUCGAAGUCUUUCCCGACAGCGCCGAAAAUGACUCCAAGCGCGGCUUGUCCAACUACUUGGAUGAAUUCUUGAGCGCAAUCAAAGUGUUCGGUUACUUGGAGCGCCCAGUCUUCCAUGAACUAACACGCACUAUGCAGACCCGUCGGUUGGUGGCUGGCGAGACAAUUCUCUUGGAAGAAGAGAAAGGCUUUUGUCUGGUAGUAGAUGGCUUGGUCCAGAUCUUUGUCAAGUCGAACCGAAAUGAUUCGGACUCCGAUGAGGACGAUAUGGGAGGGGAGUCAUCCGGCGACGGCGCGAACCAGGGCCACCGGCAGGGCUAUCAACUUCUUACUGAAGUCAAGAACGGAGCCCCAAUGUCUUCGUUGUUCUCCAUUCUCUCUCUGUUCACAGAAGAUGUGAAGCUGCGUCAUGACGAAGAUGAGGACACGCGUCCAAGUUUCCCAGGAUCGCCUCAGCAGGACGUGAGGCCAUCUAUGUCACGGAACAGUAGCUUUGCGUUCGACGAUUCAAGACCGCACACACCAAACCAAGUCCCUGAGGCCAAGUUCGGGCAUCGAAGAACAUCAACUCUGAACAGUCCAACAGCAGGCGGGCGCCUUCAAGCCGUGCCGCCUCUGUCGCUGGAUCUAGACGGACUUGGUGAUGAGCGACUCAAGCACAGCAAAACUCGAGGAUCACCUUCGCGCCCUGCGAAGCCUAAAUCUGCCCACCCAGACAUUGUCGCGCGUGCGACCGUAGACACAACCAUCGCUAUAAUCCCAGCCACUGCAUUUCGUCGACUGACGCGCAUAUACCCCAAAGCAACGGCGCACAUUGUUCAGGUCAUCCUUACGCGCCUUCAAAGAGUUACGCUCGCAACCAGCCAUGCUUAUCUCAGUUUGACGAAUGAGGUCCUCCGCACGGAGAAGCUCAUGAAUAAGUAUACUACAUACGAUCUUCCUGGCUUUCUGCGUGAUGCUCCGCUCGAGCGACUGAAGGAGAAAUUUGCGAAGGAAACCGAGCGCAUUGGCUCAGACGAGGGCAUGAAGGGCAUCGCGUUGCACAACCCCGGCGCCGGCCGACGACGAAGGUCCAGCGUAUCCCUUAGGAGAGGAACUGCUGCGCAAGCCCGCCUUGCCGCCGCUCGUGGGGCCAACGCGAACGCUAAUAACGAAACAUUACCCAAAAUUACUUCCCCAGAUCAAGGACCACGCAACGACCGAAUCAGCGCAGGUGACCUGUUGACCAAUUCGCAAAUGGCACGGGGAACUGGUCGGAGUGGCCGCAGCAGCUUCUCACAACCAUACCAACAUCAGCAAGAACGGCGAGACAAUCGUACACCAUUGGACGCCAGCAAUUUCAACCCUUUCGCAUCUCCGUCGCUGCGCCCAAAAACACUGCACCGGCAAGAAUCUAUUGAUGAAGCCACUGUGUUCAGGGAGUCUAUACUGGGAUGCAUGUUCAAGGCUAUCGGACUCAUCAACCCAGAGAACCCCAUGCCUAAGCCAACCGCGUCAGUGGAACAAUCACCUCAGCUUGUUUCUUUCGACGCCAGGAGACAGAAGGCUGUGUUCACGAAUGCAUUUGGCUUCAUGGACCCAUAUGCAGGCUCCAAGGACGGAGACACCGAGUCUAUAGCAUCAGCCUCUGGCAUGUCCAGUAUGAGCGCUGCCGGCCCACACAACAUUCUGGAAGAGAUCGUCAAUGAUGUGGAAAUCGUCUUCUUCCCCAAAGACUCUGUGCUGGUGGAACAGGGAGAGAGAAAUCCUGGUCUGUACUACGUGAUCGAUGGGUUCUUGGACGUGAGCGUGCCUGUGGAGGAAGACGCACCUGAAUCCAACGUACUAGGAACCCUUCCUAAUGGGCCAGGCUACACUGAAGAUGACCUCUUUGGCCCAUCAUCCCGCCCGCCUGGAUCAAGCACCCCUUCGCGAACUGCUGCCGAUGGUACCAAGAAGAAGCGCACAAGACGGAGUCUAUUCAUGACCAAGCCUGGCGGACUAGCUGGCUAUCUUGGAGCAGUAUCAUCGAACCGAUCUUUCGUCGAUGUCACAGCCAAGACCGAUGUCUACGUAGGUUUUCUGCCUCGCUCAGCCAUUGAGCGGAUCGUCGAACGGUACCCGGUGGUAUUGCUCACAAUCGCGAAACGCCUUACAACACUUCUACCACGGCUGAUCCAGCAUAUCGACUUCGCUUUGGAAUGGGUUCAAGUAAAUGCGGGGCAGGUGAUCUACAACCAAGGUGAUGAGAGCGAUGCUAUUUACAUCGUCUUGAACGGAAGAUUGCGCGCCAUCCGCGACGCCGAAAACAGCGCGGUAAAGGUCAUUGGUGAAUACGGUCAAGGUGACAGCGUGGGUGAACUCGAAGUGCUCACAGAAUCAUCACGACCGGGCUCACUGCAUGCCAUCAGAGAUACCGAGCUUGCGAAGUUUCCGAAGACGCUAUUUAACAGCCUAGCAUUGGAACAUCCUGGUAUCACGAUCAAGAUCUCAAAAAUCAUCGCGUCCCGCAUGCGAGCUUUGGUUGAUGACCCACUUCACGAACAGAGUAAAGAGCGUGGAACGAAGGCAACUCGCGCAAAUGUGUCCUCAACAGUCAAUCUGCGCACUGUCGCUGUCCUGCCGGUGACUGCUGGGAUUCCGGUAGUGGAUUUCGGAAGUCGCUUGGUGAACGCACUGACUCAGAUUGGCAUGCCGCAAGGUGUGGUGUCGCUCAACCAGGCCGCCAUUCUCAACCAUCUUGGACGACAUGCCUUCAGCCGCAUGGGCAAACUCAAGCUCUCGCAAUACCUCGCUGAUUUGGAGGAAAGAUAUGGCAUGGUUAUCUAUGUCGCUGACACGCCAGUAAAAUCGCCGUGGACGCAGACAUGCAUCAACCAGGCCGAUUGCAUUCUCCUCGUUGGUCUAGCUGAGUCGUCUCCGAAUAUUGGAGAGUACGAACGGUUCCUCUUGACAACGAAAACGACUGCACGCAAAGAGCUAGUGCUUUUGCAUUCUGAGAGAUACUGUCCGUCAGGUCUGACGCGGAAGUGGCUGCGCAAUCGCCCUUGGAUCAAUGGCAGUCAUCACCAUAUCCAAAUGUCAUUCCGAGCAACCUCGGAGCCAGUUCAUCACGCCGGACGACGCUUUGGAAAUGCGCUCAAACAACGAGUGCAAGUCAUUCAGGCUGAGAUCCAGAAGUACACAUCAAGAAAGGUCCGCCAGACGCCGCUCUACUCGGCAGACACGCCCUUCAAGGGUGACUUCCAUCGCCUCGCACGACGUCUGUGCGGUCGCUCAGUCGGUCUCGUAUUGGGCGGUGGCGGUGCUCGUGGUAUAUCGCAAAUCGGUAUCAUCCGCGCACUGGAAGAAGCUGGCAUUCCAAUCGAUAUCGUUGGCGGCACAUCUAUUGGUAGUUUCAUAGGUGCACUGUAUGCUUGGGAUGCAGACGUUGUUCCCAUGUAUGGUCGCGCAAAGAAGUUCGCCGGUCGCAUGGGUAGCAUGUGGAGAUUUGCACUUGACCUCACCUACCCUUCUGCUUCGUAUACCACCGGCCAUGAGUUCAAUCGCGGUAUUUUCAAGACCUUCGGAAACUCCCAGAUGGAAGAUUUCUGGCUCGAAUUCUACUGCAACACCACCAACAUCAGCAAGUCGCGUUCAGAAAUCCAUACCAGUGGAUACGUCUGGCGCUAUGUCCGCGCAUCGAUGUCGCUUGCGGGAUUACUUCCUCCUCUAUGUGACAACGGCAGCAUGCUCUUGGAUGGUGGCUAUAUCGACAACCUUACUGUCACGCAUAUGAAGAGUCUCGGUGCAGACGUCAUCUUCGCGGUCGACGUAGGCAGUCUCGACGAUAACGCGCCGCAGUCUUUCGGUGACUCAUUGAGUGGUUUCUGGGCGACGUUCAAUCGGUGGAAUCCAUUCUCUAGCUUCCCCAACCCCCCGACGUUAUCGGAGAUCCAGUCGCGCCUCGCAUAUGUGUCUAGUAUCGAUGCGCUGGAGCGGGCGAAGAAUACGCCGGGAUGCAGGUACAUGCGGCCGCCAAUCGAUCCGUAUGGCACGCUUGACUUUGCGAAAUUCGAAGAGAUCUACGAGGUGGGGUACAAAUACGGCAAAGAGUACCUAGCGCAGCUCCGCGAGCAAGGAAUCCUGCCCGUGACCGAAGAGACGGAGAAAGAAAAGAAUCUCCGACGGACAAUGGCACCGCGACGGGCGAGCAUCUAG